UCAGUAUUAUGGUGCUAAAUUUAGAUUCGGUUCGACUGCCUAUUCCGUUCUUCUCGUUGAUCUCUCCUUCGUUGUACGCCAUGGAUUCCUUUCGAAGAUCCUGCAAGUCUCAUGCUGUCUCGCACAAGUAUUCUUCCUCGCGCAGCCUCAUUAACGAUCUCGAGAAGCAGCCGAUCCUUCUGGAAAAUGAUGUGGCCGAGCACGGUAGUGAACUAGAAGUCAAGAUUGACGGAAACAGUCACCACCCCGGCGCCGCCGCCGAGCGGAUCGGCGGCGGGAAUGUUCCCAAUAAAGUGCGGAGAGAGUCGAGCUAUGAGUUCUGGAGGCCGGAAGGUACAGAUAGGGGCCGAAAUGAAGGCGGCGGCUCCGGCCUUCGUGAUGAGGAUGGGGGAGACGGGUUCAGCUUCAUGAGCCCUAAGACCAAGUUUCCCGGGGAGGAGAUCGCGGAGGAUCCGCCGUCGCGGCUCAUCCACACGUUCCUCGCUCAACAGCGGGCUAACGGCGAGGAGAUGGCCCUUGACAUGGACAUGGAAAUGGAGGAGCUGAGAAGGAAUUCCUACUCUCCCGGACAUGUAUUUGGCGGCUCCAUGGAUCACCGUGUCUCCUUCCGAGAUUCCUCCAGAGAUGAACCCUAUCCUGAUCAGCAACCCCCCUCCUCCGAGUCCGACGACAACGAUACCGACGACCCGGAUUCUGGACUCCGGCAUAGAAAGGCGUUGACGGCCAAGCCUGACCAGGUUGGCGCCGGUGAGGAAGUGCUCCGCUGCACCUCCACCUCCUCCCUCCGUCGCAACUCCACCAUGCUCUGCUCCAAGACGCGAUCGAGGAUCUUGGACCCAGCGCCGCCUCCGUCGUCUCCGCCGCCCCAGACGGCGGCGACCGGUAAUGAAGAGGUGAGGAGAUCCGGGUGGAUCCCCAAAUCAGGGCAGGUCAAGUCUGGGUUCAUCGGCAAGUCACAGCGAAUGGAUGAGGAGGACGACGACCCUUUCAUGGACGAGCACAUCCCGGACGAGUUGAAGCGGAGCGGCUUCAGUUGGCUCACACUCCUCGAGUGGGUGAGCCUCGUCCUCAUCCUCGCCGCGUUCGCAUGCAGCUUAUCCCUGCCCUCCCUCAGGCGCAUGACGGCUUUGGAGCUCCACCUUUGGAAGUGGCUCCUCCUCCUCUUCGUGCUCAUCUGUGGCCGCCUCGUCUCCGGAUGGGUUGUCCGUUGGAUUGUCUUCUGGAUCGAGCGCAACUUUCUCCUCCUCCGCAAGCGCGUCCUCUACUUCGUCUACGGUGUCCGGCGGGCAGUCCAGAAUUGCCUGUGGCUCGGCCUCGUACUCCUCUCCUGGCAGUUCUUGUUCGACAAGAAUGUGCAAGCUCGGGUGAAGAGCGGCAAUCUUCAUUACGUGACCAAGGUCCUGUUCUGCCUCCUCGUAGCCAACCUGUUCCGGCUCGCGAAGACCCUGUUCGUGAAGGUCCUUGCCAGUUCCUUCCAUGUGAGCACCUACUUCGACCGCAUCCAAGAGUCUCUCUUCAAUCAAUACGUGAUCGGGAUACUAUCGGGGCCCCCGCUAAUGGAGAUUCAGACCAUAAAAGAGGAGGAAGAACGGACGGCGGCGGAGGUGCAGAUGCUGCAGAAUGCAGGGGCAAGGAUUCCGACUGAGCUCCAGGCUGCCGCAUUAUCAUGUAAGACCGGCAGGGUCGCUGGGAAUGACAGCGUCGGGAAGAGUACCCAAAUUGGAAAGAGCACCAAGCUUACGUCCCCCAAGCAUCUGGACGAAGGGAUUACGAUCGACGAAUUACACAAGCUGAACCAAAAGAACGUAUCGGCUUGGAGGAUGAAGAGGCUUGUGAGAAUUGUGCGAUACGGGACUCUGGCGACCCUCGAUGAGCAGGUUCGGCAGGGCGCCGGGGAAGACGAUCCCGUGACACAGAUAUGCAGCGAAUUUGAGGCAAAGGCCGCGGCGAGAAAGAUCUUCAACAAUGUCGCCAGACCUGGUGCCAAGCAUAUCUACUUGACUGAUCUUUUGCGUUUUAUGAAGAAUGAGGAAGCUAUAAAGACAAUGAAUUUGUUUGAGGGAGCACAAGAAAAAAGCAGGGUCAGCAGACGAUCUCUCAAGAACUGGGUGGUUAAUGCGUUUAGAGAACGCAGAGCGCUUGCUUUGACUCUGAAUGAUACAAAGACUGCUGUAAACAAACUCCAUCAAAUGGCAAACGUUAUCGUCUCCAUCAUUGUAUUUGCUAUUUGGCUGCUUAUUCUGGGAAUUGCCACCACCCAUUUCUUUGUUCUUCUAAGCUCUCAGCUUUUACUACUAGUCUUUAUUUUUGGCAACACUUUGAAGAUGGUCUUCGAAUCUAUUAUUUUCUUAUUCGCAAUGCACCCUUUUGAUGUCGGCGACCGUUGUGAAAUAGAUGGAGUUCAGAUGUUUGUGGAGGAGAUGAAUAUCUUGACUACAGUUUUCUUAAGGUUUGACAACCUUAAGGUUACAUAUCCGAACACCGUUCUAGCUACCUUGCCGCUAGGCAACUUUUACCGGAGUCCAGAUAUGGGUGAAUCUAUCGACUUUUGUAUUCAUGUCGCAACUCCUGUGGAAAAGAUUGCUAUCAUGAGAGAACGAAUACUGGGGUAUUUGGAGAACAAGAAGGAGCACUGGUAUCCCGGCCCGCUGGUCGUUCUCAGAGAUGUUGAUGACAUGAACAAAUUGAAAAUAUCAAUUUGGAUGAGGCAUCGUAUCAACUUUCAAGAUAUGGGAGAAAGAUUUGUGAGAAGAGAACUUGUUGUCCAAGAGAUGAUCAAGGUAUUGAGAGAACUAGAUAUCGAGUAUCGCAUGGCUCCUCUUGAUGUAAAUGUGAGGAACAUGCAUGUUGUCAAUUCCACUCGCCUACCAUCUACCUGGACAACUUUUACUCUUUAAUUUCUAGACUGCGGUUUCUAUUCAGGUGUGGGUUUGGUCAUGCUUCCUGUACUAUAAGCCUUGUAUAAUGGCAAAUGGAUCCUACCAAAAUAUUAAACAGUUUGUCAAUAGAUUUAUCAGAUGAAAGAAACAAAAAUAAAGUAAUCAAACAUAUAGAUUUCGACUCUUA